AUGGCUUCAACUAAAGUGCAAAGAUUCAUCGGCGGACAUGUUUCCUGCUCACGUAAAUGGAAAAUUAAUUUUUUAGCAUCCUUUAAGUCCUCCGUUAUUGAAGCCUUGAGCAUUGGUGCAAAUUGUUUUGCCUUAUACCUUAAAUCAAGCAGGCAGUGGUCCUCUAAAAUCGUUUCAGACAAGGAUGCUGCUGACUUUAAAUUGAUAUGCAAAGAAAAAAGUAUUUUACUUGACAAGAUUGUCCCUCAUGGGUCACUUUUACUAAACUGUGGUUCUCCUAAACCCGAUGUCUUGGAUAAAAGUCGUUCAAGUCUUAUUGAAGAGCUUAAAAUUUGUCAAAAACUUGGAAUUAGUCUCUACAAUUUUCACCCCGGUAAUUUCCCUUUUAGAAACCACAUAGGAUCAACUCUUAACAAAAUCAGUCGAGCAGAAUGCAUUGCAAAGAUCGCGAUGUGUGUAAACGAGGCAAUCGAAGCCGUAAAUGGUGUAGUCAUUCUCUUGGAAAAUUCUGCUGGCCAAGGAGGAAGUGUCGGACACACGUUUGAAGAGUUAAGACAAAUUAUUGAUCAAAUCAAAGACAAGUCUCGAAUUGGGAUUUGCUUUGAUACUUGUCAUGCUUUUGCUGCUGUUAGUUUUGACAUAUUUGAGGUCGAAGGUUAUGAUAUUUCUACGGAAUCAGGCUAUCAUUUGACAAUGGAGGAAUUUGACAAAGUUAUUGGAUUAGAUUUCCUCAAGGCCUUUCAUAUUAACGAUUCUAAAGGUAUAAUAGACCGACAUGAGACCAUUGGGAAAGGAAAGAUUGGAAUUCAUGCAUUUGAAUUACUUUUAAAUGAUGGUAGGUUUGAGGAUAUUCCAAUGGUUCUUGAGACGCCAUUAAAAAAUGGGGAAUUUAGUGAUUAUUCUCAUGAGAUUAAAAUUUUAAAGUCUCUUAUUAUUCGUGAUAACUGA